AUGCGGCGCCGCCUCCGCCUGCGCUCGCCAGGUAGGGCGGCGUCGGCUGUCGCCGGCGCGGCCGCUGCAAUGGCGUCGCUCACCAACGUCGCCUACGCCGACGGCCUCUUCCGCCGCCAGUCCCCGCCGUCGAAUCCAGGCGACGAGGACAAUUUGGGAGCCUCCGCGUUCGGCCGCGACCCGGAGACCCUGGAGCGCAUGGCCCGAGCGCUGCGGUAUAUCAACAACUCACCGCUCGCCAAGCAGGCAAGGUGCCCUCCCUUUUGCGCCACCUAA